AUGCGUCGGGAGACCUUUGGAGCUCCCAGCCGCUUCCCUCCUCCCCAGAUCUGGAGCAGCAGCUGGUCCCCACCCUUUGGUGGGGAGCUGUCCAGCCCCGCAGACCCAGCUGGAAGGGAGAGUGGGCCAAGGCGCGCCAGGCGGAGCGAGGCGCGGGCGCCAGGCGCGGCUGUCUCAACCUCUCCGGAGUCCCUGAAUCAUUCUCUUCCCACUGAGGACAGCUUGCUGUCAAAAGGGAAUAUGGAGGAGACCUAUGAGAUGAAUGCCCUACCUUGCUGGGAUCAUUACAAGAGUCAUAUGGAUUCUAUCAAGGACUGGUGUAACUGGACUUUGAUUAGCAGGCAUUACAGCGACCUGCAGAAUUGCUUGGAGUACCAUGCCGACAGGUUUGGCCUGGGUUUCCCAAAUCCUUUGGCGGAAAGGAUCUUCUUUGAGACUCAUCUGAUACACUUUACCAACUGCUCCCUGGUGCAGCCCACCUUCUCCGAUCCCCCAGAGGACGUGCUGUUAGCCAUGAUCAUCGCCCCCAUUUGCCUCAUCCCUUUCCUGGUCACCCUUGUGGUGUGGAGGAGUAAAGACAGCGAUGCCCAGGCCUAGGGGCUCCGCUCCUCAGCAGCCAUUCCUCUGCUGGAACCGGGAAUCUCUCCUCCCCUUCCUAC